UCCCAGGCUCCGCCCCUGGAAACGCCACUUCCGGGCUAGCGUGCAGAGCCCUCGCGCGGACGUCAGCGCCCCUGUCAGAGCCACGUAGCGGACAUGGUGAUUUCAGAGACUAUGGAUAUACUCUUCAGAAUAAGAGGAGGCCUUGAUCUAGCUUUUCAGCUAGCUACUGCUAAUGAAAUAUUUAUCAAGAAAGCAAUAAAACAUGUGCUGAGUGACCUGUCAACCAAGCUUUCUUCAAAUGCCCUUGUGUUCAGAAUUUGCCACAGUUCAGUAUAUAUAUGGCCUAAUAGUGACGUAAACACCAUUCCAGGAGAACUGAGUGAUAGCUCUGCUUGUAAGAACAUAAUGCACUUUAUUCACUUUGAACAGGAAGAAGAUAUAAAACGAAAAUUUAUGAGAAAGAAAGACAAGAAGUUAUCAGACAUGCAUCGAAUAGUAAACAUAGAUCUUAUGCUGGAAAUGUCAACCUCUUUGGGAGCUGUCACCCCCAUCAUUGAAAGAGAAAGCGGAGGACACCACUACGUUAGUAUGACUUUACCUGUUGAUGUAGUUCUGUCUGUUGCUCCAGAAGAAACAUGGGGAAAAGUUCGUAAACUUCUAGUUGAUGCAAUUCAUAAUCAACUAACUGACAUGGAGAAAUGUAUUUUGAAGUAUAUGAAAGGAACAUCUAUUGUGGUCCCUGAACCACUGCACUUUUUAUUGCCAGGGGAAAAAAAUCUUGUAACAAUUUCAUAUCCAUCAGGAAUUCCAGAUGGUCAGCUGCAGGCCUAUAGAAAGGAAUUACAUGACCUCUUCAAUCUGCCUCAUGACAGACCGUAUUUCAGAAGAUCUAAUGCUUAUCACUUUCCAGAUGAGCCAUACAAAGAUGGUUACAUUAGAAAUCCACAUACUUAUCUCAAUCCACCUAACAUAGAGACUGGUAUGACUCAUGUGGUCCAGGGCACCUAUGGUUAUCAUCACUAUAUGCAGGAUCGGGUGGAUGACAAUGGCUGGGGCUGUGCUUACCGAUCUCUGCAGACGAUCUGCUCUUGGUUCAAACACCAGGGCUACACAGAGAGAUCCAUUCCAACACACAGGGAGAUUCAGCAGGCUCUAGUUGAUGCCGGGGACAAACCAGCAACGUUUGUUGGAUCACGGCAGUGGAUUGGAUCGAUCGAGGUACAGCUCGUACUGAACCAGCUGAUUGGUGUAACUUCAAAAAUACUCUUUGUCAGCCAAGGUUGUGAAAUGGCCUCUCGAGGACGGGAGCUGGCUAAUCACUUCCAGACUGAAGGAACUCCAGUCAUGAUCGGGGGAGGAGUUUUGGCCCACACAAUACUAGGAGUGGCAUGGAAUGAGAUUACAGGGCAGAUAAAAUUUCUGAUUUUAGAUCCACAUUAUACAGGCGCUGAAGAUCUACAAGUUAUUUUGGAAAAGGGCUGGUGUGGAUGGAAGGGCCCAGACUUUUGGAACAAAGAUGCUUAUUAUAAUUUAUGUCUUCCUCAGCGACCAAAUAUUUUUUAAAAUAUCUUGGACUCGAAGACUGUAGUAAAGUUGUAUUAUAAAUUUGUUAAUAAAGACUAAGUUUAACUUCAAA